CACGCGUGCACGCGCAGACGCACACACGUGCAGCGAUUGUUUUCUCACCGCCUUGCAUUUAUUGAACACGGCAGUUGAGUUUUUGAUCGUCUCCGUGCCUUUUAACGCGAUUCAUGGUCGCCUCCUCGGCAGCUUCCGGCGGGAAAUGGAAGACAUGGAAGUCUUCUUGUCGACCAACAUCGGGAGGAUCCUCGGCUUUGCUUUAGUGUUCCUGUGCAUCUCCGUGCUGGCACAGCCUGCAGAUGUUAAAUGCGAGAACGUCUACAAGGACUUCUCUGACUGCGUCCUGGAGCUGGGAGAGAGCAUGGACAACUACAAGGAGAACGUGACCAGUGAGACGGGAGUGGCGGCUGUGUGCAGCCACUGGGAAGCGUUCCACACGUGCGCCCUGACGGCGUUGUCUGACUGCCGGCAGGAGGUGAGCGCCAUCUGGGAGACUCUGAGGCAGGACGCCAGGAAGAUCCACUUCCAGGGGAACUUGUUCAACCUGUGCAGCCCCAGCUCCUCUCCCAACAUCGCCGCACCUGUGGCGGCGCUCACCCUACCUCUCACCGCCAUGCUGCUCACCACCGGGCCCAGGUGGUGCCUCAUGUAGCCUGUUUCACUCCACUGCAAGAGAAAGGCCUCUUCACCAAUUUUCCAUUUUGUUCCAUCUGGAGCUAUUCUGUGCCAAGUAAUGCCACUCUGCUGUUAACUCUUCCCUCCAUCUUCUGCUUUGUCUCCUUCUUUUCCUGAUUACUGUCUGGGAGUGCUUUCUGUUGUCAUUCCUCCUGGCAACGUGUCCUGCUAAAUAGAUACAUUCUAGUUUUUUGUUACAGAGGAUUUCAAAAAUAAAAAAUAAAGUUUUUCUUCUUCCUCUUGCCCAUAUUUUAUAGCGUAGGCAAAAUUUGUUCACAAUUUAUUAUCUACUAAUCAACUCAUUUGGUCAAAGUCCCUAGGAGAAGUUCGUAAAGGUACAACCACUUUUUGCCCCAGAAAAUGGCCAACAACUAUCCGAAGUUUGGCGCCAGGCCACGCCCACAUUUUAUGGCGUAGGCAAAAUUUGUUCCCAACCUAUCAAUAAAUGUGUAGUAUUUGUAAUUUUAACCGCGACUCGUUUGGUCAAAGUCCCUAGGAGGAGUUUGCGAAAGUACAAACCCUUUUUUUCCCAAGAAAAUGGCCAACAACCAUCCGAAGUUUGGCGCCAUGCCACGCCCACAUUUUAUAGGUAGGCAAAAUUAAACAUUCCCUAAAUGUGUAAAUAAUAAAUAAUAACAAUAAUAUAAUAAUAAUAAUAAUAACCACAAUAUUAAUAAUAACGAUAAUAAUAACAAUAAUGAUAAUCAUAAUAAUAAUAACAAUAUUAAUAAUAAUAAUAAUGAUAAUCAUAAUAAUGAUAAUAAUAAAAUAAUUUUAAAAAAUCGUUUUUUCUUCUUCCUCUUGCUCGAGCAUACUUCUUGUCCCUCGGGAGCUUCCGUAGCUGGCGCCGUCCCCUUUACUUCCUUAGCGCCGCCACCUAGCCAAACAUGCUAAUGCUAACGCUAACGAGAGCGAGAUGUUUGUUUAAAAAAAAAGAAAAGUGUUGUCAGUACUUCGGUUUAGUGACAACGGGCGUGUAACGCCGCAAAGUUUGUUUUAAAAAAGUUAGCAGCGCGACAACCUUGUUCCAGCGUCUGAAACCGAAGCCUCUAGCCGAGGGCGGGAAAUACAACUCUUUACCUGGCCGACAAGACGCAACAACAAGCAGACUACGGACUAAAAAUCACUUUUAUUAUGAUGGACUCAUUUACACAAGGUAUGUAUGAUGAUACUAUGUAUGAUGAUGCCAAGUACGAUGACACUAUGUAUGAUGAAUGAUAUCAUGCAUGAUGAUAUCAUACAUAAUGAUACUAUGUAUGAUGAUAUGGCUGGCGUCCUGGUGCAGCCUCAACAACCUGGAGCUGAACGCCCAGAAAACAGUGGAGAUGAUCAUGGACUUCAGGAAAGUCACAGCCCCACCAUCCCCCCUCACCCUGAUUGACUCUCCCACUCCCGUCUCCAUUGUGGACUCCUUCCGUUUUUUGCCAUCCUCGAGUCCAUCCUGACCUCCUCCAUCACCGUGUGGUUCCCCGGCGCCACAGUCCAGGAUAAGCAUCGACUGCAGCGCAUCGUACAUGCUGCUGAGAAGGUGAUUGGCUGCAAGCGCCCAUCCCUCCAGGACUUGUUCUCCUCCAGGACCAGGAGGCGUGUGGGUGGGAUCACAGCUGACUCUUCUCACCCUGGACACAAAACUAUUCUCCCCUCUCCCCUCAGGCAGGAGACUACGGUCCAUCCAGACCCACACCUCCCGCCACCUGAACAGUUUUUUCCCCUCGGCCAACAGGCACAUGAACAAUAACUCCUAACAGUAGCUCCUUGAAUUCCCUGAAUUCCUUCUAAGUCUAUAACAAGAUCUGAUAGCUCAGAUACAGCUCUUGUUAUUACCAAAUCUGUGUUAUGUGUUUUAUGUUGCACGAUUGCACCAAGAAAAAAUCCUAGUUUGUGAACCCGUUCUCAAACAAUGGCAAUAAAACUAUUGUAUUCUAUUCAUAUCAUGUACGAUGAUACUAUGUAUGAUGAUAUCAUGUACGAUGAUACUAUGUAUUUUUUUUAAUUUUUUUGUCCUGUCCAGCUUCUCAGGUAGAUGCCCAUAUCGGCUGUACAAAUUUACUUUACAAAAGAGAAGUGUGGGAUACUUCUCUUGUUGCCUUAUUUUUGUA